AUGGCCGAACCCGACGAGGACGACGACCACAUCUACGUCAACGAGGAAACUGAACUCGGCACGCAGCGCGUGCGCGUCGCGCACGCGCCCGCCCGCCGCAUUGUCCCGCCGCUCAACUUCUGCCCUGUGGAGCGGUACCUGUAUCGGUCGGGCCAGCCUUCACCGGUCAACUUCCCGUUCUUGCUGGACCUCCGGCUCAAGACCAUCAUCUGGCUCGCCAACGAAGAGCCCCAGGACACGCUCCUCGAGUUCUGCGACGCCCACUCCAUCCAGCUCCAGUUCGCGACCAUAAACCCGGACGGCGGCGAGGACGACAACCCAUGGGACGGGCUCACCGAGCACAGCAUCAUCGCCGCGCUCCAGACGAUAGUCAACGCGGACAACUACCCGCUGCUGGUGUGCUGCGGGAUGGGGCGGCACCGCACGGGCACGGUGAUCGGGUGCUUGCGGCGGAUCAUGGGGUGGAACCUGGCGUCGGUGUCGGAGGAGUAUCGUCGGUUCACGGGCAGUCGCGGCGGGCGGAUCCUGGUGGAGCUGUUGAUCGAGGCCUUCGACACGCGACUGGUGGCGAUCGACCAGGAGCGCGCGCCGCGGUGGCUGGCGAGGACGUGA